CCCGGCGAUCCCCACCGGACCAUCCCCGGUGCCCCAGGUAAGGUUCUGCUUCACGGCGGCGCGCACGGUCGCGGCGGCGAGCCCCGCGGCGAACCACGGUCCAAUCAUCAUUUUUUUGUUCCAUCACGAACUCCGCCAAAGAUACUCCAAAGAAAAAGGAUGAGGUAAGUCAAGGCACAAUAAAAUAAAAUAAAAUAAAACCAAAGUAACAAGAGAAAUAAAAUAAAUUAAAUCAACACAACGUGAUGAAAAAACUGGAAAGUGCGUGUUUAUUUACAGCAACGUUUCGACUGUAACACAGUCUUCCUCAGGCUCAAAACACGCAAACACAAUGAAAUUCAAAUAAAUGCGCAGUUUGGCAUUGAAGAAAAAAAGAAAAAAGAAAGACAGGUUUUUCUCCUCCUAAACAGCUCAGAUGGGCUUCCCUAAAUCAGGAGCUGUGCUCUCUCCAGCAGACUGUGAGAAAGUGAGACUAAAGUGCUGUGCGGCUCAGAGUCUACUCUCACCCCUCCCAUACCCACUGGAGGGGUGGGGUUUGUGUCUGGGAAUGGAGUGGUAGAGGGAGGAAAAAAAACACACAGGCCUUGCUUGCAAAUAUGAGGAUAACUUCCUUCCCUCACUUUCAAAAAUUAAAUGUUUUUUUCAAAUAGCUUCCAAAAAAAAAAAAUAAAAAAAAAAAUUCUAAAUUUUAAAUGUGUUUCUUUUCUUCUCCACAGGUCCCACAGAUGCAGGAUUCACCCACAGGAAGAUAAAUGUAACAAAAAUAAGAAUAUGUAAUCAAAACAUGAAUAAUUAUUUUUUUCCUUUUUCUUCUAUUCUUCUCCCCACAGGUUCCCGGAUCCAGGAUUCCAUGGAAGAUUCUUACUUCACCAACAACAAUGAGCUGAGGAUCGUGAUGGUGGGGAAGACUGGAAAUGGGAAGAGCGCCACAGGAAACACUAUUCUUGGCCGCCAGUGCUUUGAGUCCAAGUGCAGUGCCAAGUCCAUGACGGUGGACUGCUCCAAAGGCAAAGCUACAGUGUCUGGUCAGCAGGUGGCGGUCAUUGACACUCCAGGCCUGUUUGACACCAGGUCCGGCGUGGACAAAACCACCAAGGACAUUACCCAGUGCAUCUCUUAUGCUUCUCCUGGACCACACAUCUUCCUGGUGGUCAUCAGGCUGGGCAGAUUCACCAAGGAGGAGCAGCAGACGGUGCAAUGGAUCCAAGAAAUCUUUGGCCAGGAAGCAGACAAAUACAGCAUGGUUCUCUUUACUCACGGAGACAAUCUGGAAGAAUCCACUAUCGAGGAGUUCCUGACUGAAAGCCCAGAGCUGCAGGAACUGGUGUCCAGAUGUAACAACCAGUACCACGUCUUCAACAACAAGAACAAAGAUCCCUCUCAGGUCCAGGAGCUGCUGCAGAAGAUCAGAAACGUGGUGCAGAAGAACGGAGGAAGCCACUACACCAACCAGAUGUUCCAGGAGGCUGAGAGGGCCAUCCAGGAGGAGAAGAGACGCAUCCUGGAGGAGAACGAGGAGAAAAUACGCAAAGAAAAAGAAGAGAUGGAGAGGAAGCUGCAGGAGAAAUAUGAUAAAGAGAUGCAGAGAAUCAACCAAGAACUGCAGGCUGAGAGAGAGAAGGAGAGGAAGGAGAGAGAGGAGGAGAAGAAGAGGGAGAUAGAGGAGAUGAGGAGGAGGGAGAAGGAGAGAGAGGAGGAGAGGAGGAGGGAGAGGGAGGAGAUGAAUGAAGACAGGAAGAGGGAGAAGGAGGAGAGAGAGGAGGAGAGGAGGAGGGAGAAGGAGGAGGAGAGGAGGAGGGAGAAGGAGAGAGAGGAGGAGAGGAGGAGGGACAAGGAGGAGAGAGAGGAGGAGAGGAGGAGGGAGAAGGAGAGAGAGGAGGAGAGGAGGAGG